AUGUUGUCACAAUACUCAUACUUCCAGGCCGGUGAGAUGAAGGCUACUGCUUUGUGGACUUACAAGGAGCGUGCGGACGACGAGAUAGGCUUCUGGAAAGGCGACAAGAUCCAAGUAGAUCGCAUUGCUCCUGGAUGGUGGACUGGUUCUACGGACGGGACCGCGAAGUCAGGCUUUUUCCCCGGCAACUACGUCAAGCUGGAUGAUCGUCCCAUUUCCCGCUUUGACCUCGACAGCACGGAGAAAACAGAUGCCAAGGAGCUCCCACACAGCGAGGUGAUGCUGAUUCAGCCGUUGGCGCACCGUCAGCGUCGCUUUUACAAGCGAAAGCAGGAUGGCUUAAACUACAAGGACACGAGCUACCCCCGUGUGAUGCUCCUCGUUGUAGGUCCCGAUGGCAGAGCUGAGCUCAAGAAGGAGGGAAAACUUCGCGAGCUCAGCGGGGAGAUCGAACUUCGUGGAGGACACGGUGUCUGGAAGGUCUAUGCAACCUGCAUGGAAGGUCGGGGGCUUCAUUUGUGGAUUCAUGUUGUGCUCAGCACGCUGAUGUGCCAACUCCUCGAGCUGUGA